AUGGCCGUGGUAAUGUUGAUGAUGGUGGUUGUGUCGACCGCCGCACAUCUGCUGCCGGCAUCUGGGCACACCGAGUCCAGCGGGGCGGUUGAGCUUUUGGUGUACGGUGGAGGCGGAUCAGCAAAUCAGAUGGGCAAGCGCCAAAAGAGAGAUACGAAAACAGAAAUAGAGGUAGACUCGAGCACAGCAACGGAGCAGAUAACGCUGCCCGACGCCGAAGAUUCGUUCCGCCUACUAGAGUUGCUCCCCGGGCAGCAUGACGACCCGGUCAAGAUCCGCCCCGUAGACUCGCGCCUCAGCACCGCUCCGCCUUACGAGUCUCUGUCAUACACGCCACCGACGCGCGCGACAAGGUCUACACCGUGCUGCCGCUCGUCGACGCCGAGUACGACAAGACACUCGCGUAGCUGCGCGCGUCCGGGCUCGAGCAUGACGACGCCCUCCGCCAAGUGCCACGCCACAGGACCGUCGAGCUACCGCCCGACUACUUCGGCCGCUCCGCGGGCCAGGUCUAGACCGACGUCGCUGUCGGCCUCGACAGGUUCCUACGCCUCGUCGUCGCCGGCUCGCCUACCCCCAGCCUGCCCUCGUGGGCCUCCGACUGGAGCAUCUGCGCGAGCGCCCAGGUCUAGGGCGGGGAGCACCUUUCCGAGAUUUACAUCCGCGCCGGCUUCAGAAGCUACGGACAGCAGCAGAGGGACAUGGCAGAAACCACUAGCAAGCCGAACUAGACCCUGUCUGAAAUCACUACCUCCCCCCCUCGUGACCAGCCAAACGGGGGCGUGCAACUCCCGCUCCCGGCCAUCCGCGUCGCCGCCAUCACCAAGCUCGGCUCCGUAUGCAGCGGAGGAUGAAGUGGUGGUGCCAGCCGGGGAAGAGACCGGGAGUGGAAAAGGAAAACCCAAGAAGAAAAAGAAAAAGGAGAAAAUCCCCCUUGCGGACAUCUUCAAGGACGCCUUGUCGAGCUACCGGCUGCAGGCCGAGACGAUCCUGGGCGUGUGCGACGGGAAGCGCUUCUUCGUCACCGACGCGGGUCACAUUGGCCUCGGGCCGGCAGACGCCCGCGUGGGCGAUGCCGUGUGGGUGCUCGGGCACGUACGCAUGCCGUAUAUUUGUAGGGUAGUUGGCGACGGCGUAGCAGGCCUGGAUAGCAAGGAGAGCAUGGUGAGGCUGCUGGAUGCAAGCUACGUCUUUGGGGCCAUUUCUGGCCAGGUCUGGACGGAUGUGGAGAGGGGCGAGAAAAAAGUCGAGGUGCUGACGGUUUGGUAA